UUAGAAGAUAAGAUACACUCAAAUUGCUGUAUUUUCUAAUAAAACUACGUAACUUUAACUAAAAUGUUACAAAUUACACUUUUUUUGUUCAUCUCUCUCUUCAGUAACUGUUUAUGUCUUCAAGAUGACUACUAUUGGCGAGAUUAUACCAACGGAGAGGUGCCCUCAGAUGCUAUAGUCGGAGGCCAAAAUAGUGAAGGUUUGAACAUUUAUAUUGGACAAGCGUACAUACAUGGCAAGGGUAACAUAGUCACUGAAAUUUUUUCUGGAAUACAAGAAGUAUAUGCUACUACUGGAACUGGAGUUGGACCUGGAAUAGUGAAGACAACAGAAGCUAUAAAAAUACUUUGUGGGCCUGGACAAAAUUUAUAUUGGACACGCACAAAUAGAAAUACUGUUCACUCACUACUUGUUAAUCAUGAUGCUGUAAUUGGUGGAUAUCAACUCUAUACUAACACAACCCGUGGUACAUUAAACAUUGGAAGACACAUUGCACAUAAUAAAAUCGGACGAAUUGAUACUUUUAACUUAUAUCCUUAUUUAUACUUUAAUAAUAAUACACAAGAGGAUUUUGAAACAACUUUUGAAAUACUUUUAUACACCAAAAAUAAAAAUAUAGAUAGUAAAUCCGAUAACAAUAGCAAAAAAUAGCCAAUGUGUUUUAAAAGCUAAAUUACAAUAGUAAUCAACAGUGUAUUAAAAAAUAAGGUUUAGUAGAUAAUAAAUGGCUACUUA